UCCUUGGAGGCAUCGUCGUGGAAAGGAGGAAGGAUGCUGGCGGUGUUCGAGAGAUCAGUGGCGAAGCCGCCGGCGGAGCUCGACAUGAGCCCUGUGUGGCCUGUCCCCUUCGACCGCUUCGAGGCAGAACAGCUCUUCAACGCCAUCUUCCCCGAUGCCGUCAUCUAUAAUUUCUCCAAUGGUAGCUUCAUGGCCAUCUCUCACUGCAUGGAUAACACCCAGCAUCCCAGGUCAGCGGUUGUGGACGACAUAUAUUGUCUCUUUGCCGGAUCUUUCAACAACCUUGGUGAGCUCCGUCGACACUACGGCCUCGGCCGGAGCACAACGGAAGCUAUGCUAGUUAUUGAAGCAUACAAAGUUCUACGAGACCGAGCACCUUACCCUCCUGAUCAAGUCAUCAAGGACUUCAGUGGAAAGUUUAUGUUUGUGCUGUUUGAUCUGAAAAAUGGAACCAUCUUUGCAGCAAGAGACCGUGAUAGCGACUUGAACUUUGCAUGGGGUAAGGUAUUGGAUGGGUCGCUUGCAUUCUCGGAUGACUAUCAAGUUAUACUGGAUAUGUGUGGGAGAUCAAGCACUUUUUUCCCUGCAGGGUGCUUCUAUAUGAAUACUACUGGGCUGGUUAGCUUCGAGCAACCCCUGCACAAGGUGAAGGCGAUUAGGUGCACGAUGGAGGAACUUUGUGCACCUGGUAUCGUCUUCGUGGUGGAUCGGUGGUAUCGGCGACCUGGCAAUAUUCCUCGUGUUGGCAGUGAAUCGAACUGGAGUGAUGCAUGCAAUACCAGAGAAGAUGACAUUGAGGAGCCACUCGGAUUUGGAUGGGGUGAAUGACAUGGAGAGUGUGGGAGUAGAAGAGAAUAACACUUGUGUGCCAGUGAGAACAAAUAUAUUAAGUACUGAGAAGUGAUAAUAAAGCGCACAGUUUUAUUUCAUA